CGUCGCUGCUCGCCAUAGCCGCCAUCACGCGUCGCCGUCUCAGCGCGCAGUCUCGCCAUCUGUCUCCUCUGCACAUCCGCUUGCAACCUGGCCAGCGCCGCGCCUUUCCCGUCCGGCCUGAAUCAGAGUAAACAAAGAUCGACGCCCAAAGCCUGCUCGCCAACCACACACCACACAGCCCGCGCAUCCCGGGUAACAAGGCACAAGACUCCCUGCACCACACCGCUGUUUGGCCGUCUUACUUAUAAAAUAUGACGUCGACAGAGCAGCAGCCCGCGCUCGCCACCACCAAGCGCAAGUUCAACAGGCUGCUCGACAACCUCACCGGAAGCACGCCGACGACUUCUCUGGCAAGCAGCCUCCACGAAUCGAAUGCAUCGACCGCAUCCCUUUCCGAGCCAGGCAGCCCGGAGCAGCCCCCCAAGCGCCCCCGCAGCGCAGGCCUAAGCAUGGAGCGCCAGCGCAACAUAUCAGAGGGCCAGGAGCGCAUACGCCAAUUGAAGGAGCAGCUGCUGACGCCACGGAGAGAGGGCACAAUCAAAGUAGUAGGCAAAACGACUAUCACGCCCAAGGCCUCGACGCCACAAGCCACGACGCCGCGCAAGUCGCCCAAUUUCCAGCCCUACAGCCAAGAGCAUUUUCUCGAGCGCCUCAAGACAUUUGCAGAUGUCAGGAAGUGGUCUACGAAACCGGAUGCCAUCAACGAGGUCGCAUGGGCAAUGCGAGGAUGGAGCUGCGAUAUCUGGAACACGGUCGCUUGCAAGGGGGGAUGCGAGAACCGUGUUGCGGUCAAGCUGAGGCCCAAACGAAGAGACGCUAAUGGAAGGGAUAUCGAAAUGAGCGAGGAUCUGGCGGUCGAGAUUGACGACGCGCUGGUGGAGAGAUACAGAGAGAUGAUUGUUGAGGGGCACGCCGACGACUGCUUGUGGCGGAAGCGAGGCUGCCAAGAAGACAUUUACCAUAUCCCUAUCGCGUCGCGAACCAAGAGCUUCACCGAGCUGCUCGAGCGAUACCGCUCGCUCAGGGCUAUAACGGCCGACCUUCCCCUCCUCGAACACCUCACCUAUCCCGACCCAUCAAUUCGCCGCAUUGUCCAGCGCAUACCCUCGACAUUCUUCACAUCCGUACCUGACACCCCAGUGCCCAACUCGCAAGUCGAUGUCGUAGCCUUUGGCUUUGCCCUCUUCGGCUGGAGCGGUGUCAAAGAGUCACGCAUCUCCCUCGCCAUAUGCAACCACUGUUUCCAGCGCCUGGGCCUGUGGCUCUCCUCAGCCUCACGCCUCAAGGAAAUGAGCAAAAAGCUCAACGUACCCGUAGACAGCCUACGCCUAAACCUGCUCGAAUCGCACCGCGAACACUGCCCCUGGAAAAACGCAGACGUCCAAGGAAACUCCAAAGACGGCCCCAUAGCAAACAUGGCAGCUUGGCAGACCCUGCAAUUCAUGCUCCUAGGCAAGCACAAAGACUCUUCUUCCGCUACGGCCCCCAGCACCCCGCACAAACAGGCGUCCAGGAAACAGCAUAGCCACACCGAUAGCAUCGAUGCCGACGCUGACCUCGAGUACCCGCGCGGCAGUGUCGAUAGCGUAGAGCGAACAAAGUACAACGACGAGGACGAAGAUGGCGGCCUCAAGGAAAAAUGGAUCAAGCUCAAGGCCAAGCUCAAACGCAGUGCCAGUAAAAAGAGUCUGAAGAGUACCAAGAGCGGAAAGAGCACUAAGAGCACUGGCACAAAGGAAAAGUCUUAGAAGGCCUUUUGGAUGUGACGGUGUUGAUGUGCUGUACUCUUUCCCCUUUGCUCUAUACCUGUUUGUUGUGUCUUGGGGUAGCGGUUGCGUAAUGUCCAAGGUGUUUGUGUGUAUGUGUGCUUGUGCGUUAUGGAAUGAGAAGAUGAUGUGGAGUGUGUGUGGAUAUAUCAUGAUAAUGUCUCUUUUUUUUUAAUCCAUGUUUUUUUGGGGGGGCGAAAUGAGUGAGUGAGUGAGUGAGUGGGAGAUGAUUAAUGUUUCUUCUUUAAUCAUUAGUAAUUUGACUGAAG